CUUUUUGAUUGUUUCAAAGAACAUGUUUGCGAAUAGUAGCACAUCUCUUAAAUCUACAUAAUGCUACAACUUAAAAGUUAGGGAACAUUCUCCAAUGGGGAUGGCACCUUCAAGACUGAUUUCCCUUCUCUUUCUCCUUCUUACACUCAUAUCUUAUACCACCGCUCAGCCAAGCUUCCUGUACCAUUUCUGCACGAAUGAUAAAGGCAACUACACUGCAAACAGUUCCUACCAGACCAACCUCAAUACCCUUUUGUCCACUUUGUCUUCUUCCAACACACAAAUUGAUUCUGGCUUCUACAAUUUCUCCGAGGGCCAAAACUCUGACAAAGUUAACGCAAUUGGGAUGUGUAGAGGUGAUGUUAAGCCAGAUGCAUGUCGUAGUUGCUUAAAUGACUCAAGAGUCCUUCUCACACAACGUUGUCCAAACCAGAAAGAGGCCAUUGGGUGGUAUGACGAUUGCAUGCUACGCUACUCGAAUCGCUCAAUAUUUGAGACAAUGGAACCUAACCCUACUUACUUUCUGUGGACACAAAGCAAUGCAACUGAUAUGGAUCAGUUCAAUGAGGCUCUUAGGGGCUUAGUGGAUGGUCUCAGAAGCAAAGCUGCAUCUGGUGAUUCACUUAAGAAGUAUGCUGCAGGAAGUGCAGCUGGUCCAAGCUUUCAAACUAUAUUUGCACUUCUACAAUGCACACCUGAUUUAUCAGAACAACAGUGCAAUAAUUGCUUGGUUAGAGCUAUAACAGAUAUCUCAAGUUGUUGUGCUGGCAGGACAAGUGGCAGAAUUGGAAAACCAAGCUGCAAUCUUAGGUUUGAUACAUCCCCUUUCUAUGACUCUGCAGCUGAUGCCUCUCCUCCGUUGUCGCCACCACAAGCGCCUUCUCCUCCUCCUCCUUCAGAUACCAAUACUGCUCCCUCUGAAGGAAAGAGCAACACAACACAAAUUGUUGUUGCGGUAGUUGUGCCAACUGUUGUCAUCCUUGUGCUGGUCAUCUCCGUUUGCAUUUUCCUAAGAGCAAGGAAGCAAAGGAAAAAUGUUGACAAUGACAAUGAAAUUGACGAUGAAAUUGAACCUACUGAGACACUGCAAUUCAACUUUGACAUCAUAAGAAUGGCUACAAAUAACUUUUCUGAGACAAAUAUGCUAGGAAGAGGAGGAUUCGGACCUGUUUACAAGGGUAAGCUUUCCAGGGGACAAGAAGUUGCUGUCAAAAGAUUGUCUAUGAAUUCAGGACAAGGAGAUGUAGAAUUUAAAAAUGAAGUGCAGUUAGUGGCCAAGCUUCAACACCGAAAUUUAGUCAGACUACUUGGUUUUAGUUUGGAAAGAAAAGAAAGGUUACUGGUCUACGAGUUUGUUCCCAAUAAAAGCCUUGAUUACUUCAUAUUUGAUCCAAUUAAGCGUGCACAUUUAGACUGGGAAAGGCGGUAUAAAAUCAUAGGCGGCAUUGCCAAAGGCCUUCUUUAUCUUCAUGAGGAUUCGAGACUGAGGAUUAUUCAUCGUGAUCUUAAAGCAAGCAACAUUCUCUUGGAUGCUGAAAUGAAUCCUAAGAUAUCGGAUUUUGGUAUGGCAAGAUUGUUUCUUGUGGAUCAAACUCAAGGAAACACAAGUAAAAUUGUUGGAACUUAUGGAUAUAUGGCACCCGAAUAUAUAAGUCAAGGACAAUUCUCUGUGAAGUCAGACGUUUUCAGUUUUGGUGUACUGGUUUUAGAGAUAGUAAGUGGCCAGAAAAAUAGUGGAUUUCAACAUGGAGACCAUGUAGAGGAUCUAAUAAGCUUUGCCUGGAAAAACUGGAGGGAGGGAACAGCAUCAAAUCUCAUAGACCCGACAUUGAAUACAGGUUCAAGAAACGAAAUGAUGAGAUGCAUCCACAUUGGUUUACUGUGUGUUCAGGGAAAUUUAGCUGACAGACCAACCAUGGCUUCUGUUGCACUCAUGCUUAAUAGCUACUCUCACACAAUGCCUGUGCCUUCAGAGCCUGCGUUUUUUAUGCACAGCAGAGGCUUGUCAGAUAUUCAGUCGAGGGAGUAUAAUUCAGGGGCAACAGAAUCAAAAAGCAAAUCUGUCAAAGCAUACUCAAGUGAGGAAUCAACAUGAUGAGCUUUACCCUCAAUAGAAUUUAGUGAUACAGCCUUACAAGUGACAUUUUUCCUUUUUCUUUUCCCCGGGGAAUAGUAACAAAUUGGUCAUUUUUCCAUCUAGUAUGUAAAUUUUCCAUCUACAUCCUGAAUUCAUUUUAAGUUGUUGACUAAGAGUUUUGGUGUUUGCUUGUUGCUCUGAUGAUGACAUGUUAAUAACAACCUAUUACCUACAGUUAAUGCUACCUUGUACUAUAGAAACCUAUUACCGUUGUGUAUAUAUCGAACUUAGAAUGAAGUAAAGUUUUUAUA